CACCUCUUCUGCCAAUCUGAAGACGGGGGAUUGCUGCCACAGAACCUGGCAACCUCAUAGCUCAUAAAUACCACAACAAGAAGGAGCAGCUUCUCAACCGGUUAGCUGAAGCUAAGCUAACCAACUUUCUUUCUCAGUCAUAUCAGUUCAUCUGAGUCAUUUGAAGUGCUCCCCUUUCAACCAAACAAUGACCUGACCCAUGGACCACUGCAGUGUCUGCUCAAUUAGAGGGUCACUUCAUCAUGAAUGACAAACUAGUCUUCCUGGGCCUGCUGUACUUUGUCCAGGGCAUCCCCUAUGGUCUCCAGUCCUCCCUGCUUCCUAUCUACCUGCGUGGAGCUGGUCAUUCCCUCACCCGCAUUGGCUUCACCAAGAUCCUCUACUUCCCAUGGGUCCUCAAGGUGCUCUGGGCCCCUUUAGUGGACCGGGUGGGCACCAAGCGCCGCUGGCUGGUGGGGACGGUGUCUGGGCUGGCUCUGACAUGCCUCGCAAGUGCUGCCCUGGCCCCAGAGGCACAUAUUUGGGGUGUAGCAGGAACCCUGUUGGCCAUGAACUCCUUGGCCUCCGUCCAGGAUAUUGCUGUAGACGGGGCCGCCGUGGGGUUGUUGAAAGGUCGUGGGGAGCUGGGCCUGGGCAACACAGCCCAAGUCGUCGGAUAUAAAGCUGGAUCGGUGUUUGCCGGAGGUGGGCUGCUGGCUGUGAUCGACGUGGCCGGAUGGAGCUGGAUGUUUAUGCUGCUGACGUUUGUGUACGCAGGCGUGGCUCUGUUUGUGUGGGGGGCUCCUGUGUUGGACGAUGAGACUUUGAGGGGUCAACAGGCAGAUGGCAGCAGGAGGGGAGGGCAGGGAUCAGACAUUAUGAGGCCGUGGAGAGUGUGGAGGAAGAUGCUGGCAGUGCCCGGCACCCCUUGGACAGUCCUGUAUGUGCUGACAUACAAACUAGGUGAGCAGGGUGCAGUCACCAUGUUUCCUCUUUUCCUGUUGGAUCAUCACAUGACCGCCAGGGAGCUCGGCUUCUGGAACGGCGUCAUCGCCAUGGGCUUCUCCAUCUGCGGGUCGUCCCUGGGAGGCAUGCUGCUCGCUCAGUUCAGCAUCGGGGCUAUGAUGCGACGUGUGUUUGUAUUGCGAACCGUCAGCAUGGUCUUCCAGAGCUCUCUACUCACCAUACUGGAACCAUCACCACUCAUGAAAGGUAUGGCCGUCCUAAGUAUGAGCGUUCAACACUUCUUGGGCGGGCUCAUCACCACGCUCACCUUUACUACCAUGAUGCAUUGCACUCAGAGGGCAGAGGAAAGCAUUCAGUCGACCCACUACAGUUUCCUGGCGACUCUGGAGGUGCUGGGGAAGCUGACGUUCAGCGCCCUGGCCGGGGGCGUGGUGGAUUAUUUCGGUUUCCAAGUUGCCUUCCUCUUCUUCCUCACGCUCUCCGCCGGGACGGCCCUGCACGUGUGGACGGCUACCUUCACUGGUGCUCUCAGGGAACACCAGCUCAAAGAGCAGCCCAAGUGAGGUCAGGAUCAGGUCAAAAGGUCCUGAUGCAGGGUGUAUCUGCAGGUGCUGAAAAUGUGUUGAAAUAACUUGAUUUUGACUCAGACACCUCCCGAUAAAUAUAACAAUCAUGACUUCAGCAAAUGAUUUCAGUCUAGAAGUUCUUGAAUACGUUGACUUUCUUGUUCUGCCAUUUUUAAGGAGAAAUCAGCCAUGCGGUUAAGUACUCUAUUACAGAGUGUGCUUUUAUUUUUUUAUUUUCCAAAUGGCACAAUUGACAUUUGGAAUGUCUGGAAAAGUCUUAAUAUUAAUAAUAUUUACAGUAGCGUGAGGAAGAUACUACGUAGUUAACGAUGAGCGCAUGUUUUCCGGACAGGAUGGGAUUGGUGCAUCCAAUCAAUGUGAUGAAUUGGCAGUGACGCAGAGUCCUACUGUAUUGAGAGUUGAGAAGUACUUUGGGAAAUAUAAUCAUUGAUAUCAUCUGAGCCAUUUCAAUGUUUCUUAAUAAGCCAGCAAUAAGAGCUGUAGCCAAAAGCAAUAUUGCUACUUUGUGAUGCUUAUUCUAUCAUAUCGUGUAUGAAUAUGUUACGUCGUUCUCCUGAGUUGUAUGGUUUACAGUUCUAAAUGAAUGAAUCUCUACUACCUCGUAUCAGCGCUGUAUGGUACGACACGCAGGAGGCCAAUGUACAGCAGCUGCACCAAGUAGAGCGUACCCUCAUUCACAAUGAAAAGUUGCAAUACAUACACUAUGUUAGCUAAGCCACAGCAGUUAGCCAAAGUAGACUUGCAGAUAAUGCAGCUGUUUUGUUGUCUGUCUAUUUAAAAGGGAAUAAAAAUGCAGUGCAGCUGUUGAAUGAGGAGCAUUUAUUCAGUUUAAUCCACCACAGAAUUUCAGAGUAAAAUCCUGUUCCCUUUGGAAUCGAAAAGGUCAACCCUGAGUGCUUAUUCUUGUAGGAAACCUCAGCCUUACACACUGCAUGGUGCCAUCUUGUCUCAGUUUUUCAAUCAAAGAAUCAGACUUAGAAAUAAACUUGGAAAAAAACUCUUUAUAAAACUUAAAAGACCAACACCACUGGCAAACUGCAGUCACGUUUGUGUUUUAUGUUUAAAAAAUGUCAAUUGUAUGUACUCUAAAAUAUACUGUAACAAUCCAUGGUACUGUUUGCUAUAUAGAAUAAUUCUCCAGGCUUAAAAUAUGAAUGAAACAGCAGCGUAGAAUGCUCUUUUUUUUAAAUAUAAGUCUUAAAAUUGAUAAUUGAUAAUGGAUUGGUUUACAUAAAGGCAGUAAUCUCAGCAAAUUUAGCCAAAAUAAACCUGCUUUCUCCCACAUAAAUGAAUAAAUAAAUAAAGGGAUGCCAUAUUACAGGUUCAUCGAUGUAGCCGGGUCCUCUGUCCUGAGAUUUGCAAAAAAAAAUAAAGCUGCUGAGUGAAUCUUA